UAUAUCUGAAAAUUCUGAAACCCUAAAAUGUAGCACGUGCAGCUUUACAUAGACACGUGCCAGCACCAUCAGAAAUUCCACCAUUUCACUUCCUUUUUAGCCGCUCUGUCCCUCUCUGCCUCUUUUUCCUCUCUCCAACUCACUGUUUAAUUUAUCUCUCCAACGCCGGCGUGUCCAAACCCAAAAAUUUCCCCAAUCCCUCUUCCGCAGACUCUCUCUUUUUCGAUUAAAUUCAAUCCAAUUUCAAGGAAUUCUGGAUUGGAGCUCUCCACAGUAUAUCUCUACAUAAUUUAAGAGUGCUGUCUGCUUUGGCUGCCUGAUGACUUAUGUUCUCACUUUGUGUCUGGAAUUAUAAGGUUCUAUUUCCAUCCUGGAUGGUGGAGCACCAUGCUGCUGUUCUAAACUUGUCCAGUCUGCACAGAUUUAUUUUCUUUUGCCUCAACUGAUUGGCUGAAUUUUGGGUUAAAUUGCUUUAAGCAAAUGGAUCGUUGUGACACUUCAGGAUUUGUUAGUGGGGGUGGGAUUUACUCUCUCAGCAACAUCUAACCCUAGUUUCGUGGCUAAUUGUCUUCACCUUGAAGUCAGGUUAACUGCCUAUUGCUAUUAAGAUUUGGUCUGCAUAUCCUUAUUUGAUUUCUGCUGUUGCUAGAUGGACACCAGGUUCUCACACUUGGAUUUUGCUGCCAAUUAUUCUUUGAAUGCCUUCAAGAUUUUGGGUAGUUCAAUGCAAGUUGGGGGAAAUGGGAGUGCAUAUAGUGCGGAUACCGUUCUACGUCUUGAUUCCCCUGGCUCUUCAAUCCCUUACAUGUCCACAUCAAAAGGAAUCAAGCGGAAGUGGAGUUUGAUGGAUGGAUCCAUCAGUGAGCAAGUUGGUUCAUCAUUGUCUCUUGGGCUAGGCCUCUCCUCAAGUUCCUCAGACAGCAAGGGGAGUUCGACAACUGCUUGUACUACCACAUCGUCAGCCAAAGAAGCUGAUGAGGAGUCCUCAAUGGAUAUUGAAUUGGACUUUACUCUCCAUCUUGGGAAUGAAAAGGUAAUUAACCCAAAGAAAUCGCCUAGUCCAAAUCUGAAUGGACUGGAAUUGCAACCAAAAGUCAACCUGGAGUUAGGUCUUUCCACUGGGCCUUCUGAAUCUGAUAUCACUAGUGUCCAUCUUAGCUCUUCUCCUAUGCAGUCGGGUAUGGAGAUGCCAAUAGCAGUUGACGGGGCCCCAAAUGCAGAUGAAGGUUCUACUUCAUGUAGCUGGAAACCUGGGAUUGCUUUGCAUCGAUUGCAGAGUUUACCAGAAAAAGUGACUAGCAUCUUCUUCAAGGAGGUUCCAAGAACCACUGAUCUUUCUAUCAUUGUUCCAGGCCUUUCUUCAAGUGUGAUUACUACACCAAAAAGCUCAGUCACCUGCACUUCCGGGACAACACAGCAACAACGGCCACAACAACGCAGCUCUAGUUCAAAGGCAUGUCAGGUUGAUGGAUGUGGAAAGGGGGCCAGGGGUGCUUCUGGCCAUUGCAUAUCUCAUGGUGGUGGGAGGAGGUGUCAAAAACCUGGCUGCCAUAAGGGUGCAGAGGGCCGGACUGUGUACUGCAAGGCCCAUGGUGGCGGUCGGCGAUGUGAAUUUCUUGGUUGCACAAAGAGUGCAGAGGGUCGGACUGAUUUCUGUAUUGCCCACGGUGGUGGUCGGAGAUGUAGUCAUGAAGGUUGCACUCGAGCUGCCAGAGGGAAAUCUGGACUAUGUAUACGUCAUGGUGGUGGAAAGAGAUGUCGAAUAGAAAAUUGCGCAAGGAGUGCUGAAGGGCUCUCAGGACUCUGCAUCUCACAUGGAGGUGGCCGUCGAUGCCAAUUUAUAGGAUGCACAAAAGGGGCACAAGGGAGCACAAUGUUCUGCAAGGCACAUGGUGGUGGAAAAAGAUGCACAUAUCUAGGGUGUACCAAGGGCGCUGAAGGGAGUACCCCUUUCUGUAAGGGUCAUGGAGGGGGGAAAAGAUGUGCAUUCCAAGGUGGUGGGGUUUGUACAAAGAGCGUGCAUGGAGGAACCAACUUUUGUGUAGCACAUGGAGGGGGUAAGAGGUGUGCUGUGCCUGAAUGCACAAAGAGUGCCAGGGGACGUACUGAUUAUUGUGUUCGCCAUGGUGGAGGCAAGAGAUGCAAGUUUGAAGGGUGCGGCAAAAGUGCACAAGGUAGUACAGAUUUCUGCAAGGCACAUGGUGGAGGCAAAAGAUGCUCCUGGGGCCAUACUGGGUCAGAAUAUGGCAACCAACCUUCUGGUCCUUGUAACUCUUUUGCAAGGGGCAAGACAGGUCUCUGUGCACUUCACAAUGGCCUGGUUCAGGAUAAGAGGGUUCAUGGGGGUGCAACACUUGGGCCUAUUGUCCAGGACGCCAAACUUAGCAAGUCUGAGAAGAUGAAAGAGAUUGUUACUGGUGAGGAAAUGAAUGUUGACACCAUGAAAAUGGGGAGUAGUGUGGAAGCUUUGGCAGGAAGAACUUGUUCUGGUUUGAAUCAAUAUGGAGUUUCAAAUGCUCAUAACUCUGUGGGGGAAGUAGGCUUCUCUGUUUUAGUUCCUGAAGGUAGGGUGCAUGGUGGGAGUUUGAUGGCACUGCUAACAGGUGGUUCUGGUCUUGGAUCAGGCAACAGUGAGGGUUUGGCUGGUGAUCCCUCAGAGCCAAGUAAAUCUUUUAUGGCGCCUGAGAGCUGGAUUUAAGUUUAUUUCACAACUAUUGUCAAAGUGGUCAUGGAAGUUGGCCCACUUUCCCUGCUUGUUUGUGUCCUUUGGUUCUAGUUUGUUAGUCCUUAAUUGUUAGAAAGUUGUUGUCAUUCAUUGGUCUAGAUGGUGAGAACGGAAGAGCUUUAUCACUCCUAUGACAAUUUGGGGGAACAGAUGGGAUGUAGCUAGCGAUGAAUCAGGUCUUUGUUCUUUGUAAAUAUUUACAUUUGUCCAGCAUGUUGUUGUGAAUACAGCUAGUGCCUGUAAGGUCAGUCAGUUUGUAGAACAUUAUGGUUAUAAUAAGGUUUUCAUUGGGGUCAUAUUCAUUAUUUAGCUAUUUUGGUUAAUUGGUUUCA